ACUUCCUUGUAGAAUUCUAAAAUAACCUUUGCUAAUGAGGAUGUCUGAUACUGUUACUGCAAAAAAUGAAACUGAAACAAUGAAGGAUUUGGACACAGAAGUGAAAGAUACAACCAGAGUUGAAAAUCUUAUCAAAUCAGAAAACUAUGGGAAGAUUUUGGCAGAGAAGAAUGAACGUUGUAUUGACAAUAAUAUUGAUUUGCAGCGGCCAUUGCAGUCAUUUGGACAGACAGGAAAAAGGUCUAAGUCAAGCUCAAAGUUAAAGCUAGUUCGGAGCCUUGCAGUGUGUGAAGAAUCUCCACCACCCCCUACAACAGAGAUAACACAGGAGAACCAGGAGAAAAUUCAAGUCCAGUUAACACAAUCAUUUGAAAAAGAGGAGAAGCCCUCAAAAGAUGAAGCAGAAAAAGAAAAAGCCAGUGAUAAGUUGCCCCGAAAAAUGCUAUCAAGAGAUUCCAGUCAAGAAUACACUGAUUCAACUGGCAUAGAUCUACAUGAAUUUUUAGUAAAUACAUUAAAAAACAAUCCCAGGGACAGAAUGAUGCUGUUGAAAUUGGAACAAGAAAUUUUAGAUUUCAUUGGUAAUAAUGAGUCUCCACGUAAAAAAUUCCCCCCAAUGACAUCUUACCAUAGGAUGCUAUUACACAGAGUUGCUGCUUACUUUGGACUAGACCACAAUGUUGACCAGAGUGGGAAGUCUGUAAUAGUAAACAAAACUAGCAAUACAAGAAUACCUGAUCAGAAAUUUAAUGAACAUAUUAAGGAUGAUAAAGGUGAAGAUUUUCAGAAACGAUAUAUUCUCAAGAGAGAUAACUCUAGCUUUGACAAAGAUGAUAACCAGAUGAGAAUACGUUUGAAAGAUGACAGAAGAAGUAAAUCUAUUGAAGAAAGAGAGGAAGAGUACCAGAGAGCUAGAGACCGAAUAUUUUCCCAAGAUUCCCUGUGUUCCCAAGAGAAUUAUAUUAUUGACAAAAGAAUUCAAGAUGAGGAUGCUAGUAGUACCCAGCAGAGGCGCCAGAUAUUUAGAGUUAAUAAAGAUGCUUCAGGGAGAUCAACAAAUAGCCAUCAAAGCAGCACUGAGAACGAGCUGAAGUACUCUGAACCACGGCCCUGGAGCAGCACUGAUUCAGACAGCUCUCUUCGAAACUUCAAGCCUGCUGUAACCAAAGCCAGCAGUUUCAGUGGAAUAUCAGUCCUGACAAGAGGUGAUAGUUCUGGAAGCAGCAAAAGCAUAGGCAGGCUUUCAAAAACAGGUUCAGAGUCUUCUGGUAGUGUAGGGUCAUCUACGGGCUCUCUUUCUCACAUCCAGCAGCCUCUCCCAGGUACAGCUCUCAGCCAGUCUUCUCAUGGCGCACCUGUCGUCUAUCCAACAGUCAGCACUCAUAGUUCUCUUUCCUUUGAUGGUGGCCUAAAUGGGCAAGUCGCAUCUCCUAGCACUAGCUUCUUUUUGCUUCCCUUGGAAGCGGCAGGCAUACCACCUGGCAGUAUUCUGAUCAACCCACAAACAGGUCAACCCUUCAUAAACCCAGAUGGGAGUCCAGUUGUGUAUAAUCCUCCUAUGACUCAACAACCAGUUAGAACCCAAGUGCCUGGACCUCCACAACCACCUCUGCCACCCCCACCACCUCAACAACAAGCAGCUAAUCACAUUUUCUCACAGCCUGUUCGUCCUCUGCAGUCCUCCUCACAGCCUGUUCAGUACUCUACAGCCCCUUACCCAUCCCCGCUCCUGCCAGUCUCACCCACCCAGCAAUACUCCGUGGACAACCUUGGAUCUCAGUUUAGUCACAUGAGUCUUGCCCGCCAACCAUCUGCAGAUGGCUCUGACCCUCAUGCCACUAUGUUCCAGUCCACUGUUGUUCUUCAGUCCCCACAGCAAUCUGGUUAUAUCGUGACAUCAGCUCCACCACCACCUCCUCCUCCUCCUCCCCCUCCUCUGCCAACUGGGCAGCCAGUCCCUACCACUGGCUAUUCUGUCUCUGGUCAUCCUGUAAAUCCGUCUGUGCUCCAGCAGCAGGGAUAUAUUCAGCAGCCCUCGCCACAGAUGCCAGCCUGUUAUUGUGCUCCAGGCCACUAUCACUCCAGUCAACCUCAGUAUCGCCCAGUCCAUUCUGUCCAUUACAAUUCACAUCUAAACCAACCACUGCCACAGCCUACACAGCAGACAGGUUAUCAAGUUAUGCCCAACCAGCAGCAAAACUACCAAGGAAUAGUUGGAGUUCAGCAACCUCAGAGUCAGAGCCUGGUUGGUGGCCAACCCAACAGCAUUGGAAAUCAGAUCCAGGGAGUGGUGAUCCCCUAUCCUUCAGUGCCAUCCUAUCAGGUUUCACUGCCUCAAGGUUCUCAAGGAAUUGCCCAUCAAACUUAUCAACAACCUCUUAUGUUCCCCAAUCAGUCUAAUCAAGGAUCUAUGCCCACAGCAGGAAUGCCAGUUUAUUAUAGUGUCAUUCCACCAGGCCAGCAAAAUAAUUUAAGCUCAUCAGUAGGUUACUUGCAACAUCCAGGACCAGAACAAGUACAGUUUCCUCGAACUACUUCACCAUGCAGUUCCCAACAGCUCCAAAGCCACCAGUGUACAGCUAUGCCACCUCUGCCACCUGGUGGAGGAAUGGUGAUGAUGCAACUAAAUGUACCAAACAAUCCACACUCUCGCGCUCACUCGCCCCCACAAUGGAAACAAAACAAAUAUUACUGUGAUCACCAGAGAGGACAGAAGUGUGUGGAAUUUAGUAAUGUAGAAAAUAUUGUUCAGCACAGCCCUCAACUCAGUAGUCCCAUUAUUUCACCAGCACAGUCACCAACACCAGCUCAGCUCUCCACCCUGAAAACUAUACGUCCCUCUGGACCACCACUUUCCAUCAUGUCCCAAUUUUCUAGGCCUUUUGUCUCUGGGCAAGGAGAUGCCAGAUAUCCACUACUUGGCCAACCACUACAGUACAACCCUCCUGCUGUUCUGCAUGGACACAUUCCAACCCAACAGGGUCAGUCUGGCAACAGACAUGGAAACCGAGGAAGGAAACAAGCUAAAAAAGCUGCAUCCACUGACCUUGGUGCAGGAGAAGCAGUUGUUGGGAAGGUUUUGGAAAUUACUGAACUACCAGAUGGAAUAACUCGCAUGGAAGCCGAGAAGCUUUUUGGGGAACUCUUUAAAAUUGGCGCCAAGAUCCGGUGGCUUCGGGACCCCCAGUCCCAGCCCCAGCUGCGUCGUCACCCCCUCUGCUGUGGCAGUGGGGACAACGCUGUCAACCCUGACCGCUCUAAACCCAGUGACUUGGCCUCCACAUACACCGUCUUAGCCACAUUUCCCUCCAUUUCAGCUGCACAGAAUGCAUUGAAAAAACAAAUUAACUCAGUUAACAAGUUUAAGCUGAGAACAAGCAAGAAGCACUAUGACUUUCACAUUUUGGAAAGGGCAAGUUCUCAGUAGCAGAGCCAUCUUGGAUCCUUUAUCUUUCUGAUUCCCCUGUCCUCUCCCAUCUUUGAUUGGCUUGGUAUCUGGAGCUUCUGUUAAUGUGAUAGAAACUCCUAGGAUGUGUGGUCAUGGCGUUAUAGCUUUUGAAGACAGGCCAGUGAUCCAGCAAAGGGAGGGGGGAAAUACAUAUUUCACCCCACAUGACUGUAGGAAUCCACAUCGGAAUGAUACAGAGUUGGCAGCUUUUUCUGAGGAAAUGCUGUUCAAAUGCCUCCUAACUUUUAUAGUUAUUUUGUUUUGUAUUUCUGAAUUCUUGUAUCAGAUCCAAAGCUCUAUUGUACAGCAAAUUAUUCUUCAAAAUGAUUACAACUAGUUGCAACCUGUAUUUCUUUUUUUUGUAGCCAGCACAGUGUAACCCAACAUAGAAUUUGGGAGAAAAGAAUGCAGGAGUGGAAUUACCAAGUCAAAACCAUGUACUGUCUUUUUGAGGGUAUGGGGAGUGACUAAGGAGAGCUCACAAAUAUAAGAUUACUCCUCCCCUGUAUCUCCAAACACAGAAAUAAUUUCCGGAAUAUACAGAAUUCCGUCAUAGGGUCCUGUCCUUUUUCAUUCAAGUACUAUGAACAUUAAGUAUAAAAUAAAUUAUGUUCUCAACGCCUCUUAAUCAAACCACGUAGAUUCAAAGGGGAAUAGUCAUCAUUCUAGGCAAGAAAAUACUUCCACUUUGUGUGUGUGUAUCCCUCCAAUAACUAAAUGCCACUUAUUUGUAUUCCCCUCCUUGUGGAUAUUUUGUCACCUAACGAAAUGCAUUUGAUGAGUGCUGGAAACUUCUUAAGUGGUUUAAGAUUUGUUUUCAUUGUUUGCAGCGGAUCACUGGACAUCAAAGAUUCAUUGCCCAUAUGAACAAGGAACCUUUCUUUCACUUUCUGUGUAAUUUGCAAGGCUGUACAAUGCGUGCUGAUGCAAGCCUUUUUCAGUUCAAAAGAAUAAAUGUUUACAAAUA